AUGAAACGACUGCUGGAUCUGUAUCCGGCCAAGGUCAAGAAACGAAACCCUGGUUAUUCUGCACCUUCAGUAUAUGCACAUCUGUCAUAUGUCCCAGAUAUUAUCGAUUACGACCUGGAUGUCCUAUUCGUAGGCAUCAAUCCAGGAGUUAAAAGCAGUGAACGAAGCCGUCAUUUUGCAGGCCCAACAAACCACUUUUGGCCAUGUCUAUCUGAGAGUGGACUCCUUCCUCCUGGCGUCACUAUGAGACCUGAAGACGAUCGUUCUUUACCCAUCAUUGCCAACAUGGGCUUGACCAACCUAGUGGAUCGUCCCUCUCGUAUGGGGAAUGAGCUUUCCGAAACUGAAUGUCGUGCGGCUGCACCGACCCUGACAGCCAAGAUCAAGAAGUAUCGACCUCGGUUUGUCUGUUUUAUUAGUAAACAAGCCUGGGAUAUGUAUGCUGGUGUCGGUCUAGGCCUUCAAACGGCCUGGGUAAGCUGGUAUGAUGAACCAGAAGACCAAAUGCUCCUUGGCAUGGACCAUGGCCAUAACCAUGGUAAUAGCAAUGGUAGUAGAAGGAGUCAUUCAGUCCAGGACAACCUGGAUUCUCAAGGAUAUCGUCUAGCACCAUUCUUUGAAAGAGGUCCAAGCCUCGAUAAGAUAAAACGUGAAUUAGAAGCACAAGGAGUACCUUUCCAACUCAAGCGAGAGUUGUCAGAGACCAAGGACGAUGGGAUCAAGUCGGAGCCAUCUGAGGACAAGAAGACCAAUGAAUUGAUGCAUGUCAAAAAGGAACCACGGGAUGAGGACAAGAUAAAAACCGAGAUUAAAGAAGAGCCUGAACUUUCGACUAUGAAGAUGGAAAUCGAUACAAAGGACGGGAGUGAGCACGUGGAACUGAAGGCUGAUCACGCUCAUGUCAGAAGCGAGGGCAAAGGCAAAGGCAAAGGCAAAAGCAAAAGCGAAAGUGAAAGCAGAGAAGAAAUGGGGCGGUCACGAUUAGAUGCUAGUGGGUCUCUGGACUCUAGAUCAACUAUGAAUAGGGGUGCAGUUCGAGGUAGUCGUAUGUUUGUGAUACCGAGCACGAGUGGGCGCGUGACACACUACAAGAAAGAAGACAAGCUAGCGUAUUUCAAGCAGCUGGCUGAAUUAGUUCGUCAAGACCGACGAAUGCGUGGUGUAAAAGACCCAUGGGACAAGUAA